GGCCAAUAGCGUCGCCCCUCGGACGGUCGUCGGUCGUGCGCGCUUUUGUGGGGACCAGCAGGCAGCGGGGGACCAGGGUGCUCAUUUCCGUUUUCGAUUCGACGUCACCUCCAACUCCGAAAAGCCCGUGUGUUUUGUGUUUCUUUCGGGCCACGAUGAUUAUUAUCGCUAAUUUCACAUUGAAGCUUUUGACACUGGAAUUGAGUUUCUUCGGACAUUAAGGCAAACACACAUACACAUACGUAUAUAAAUAGUCUUCAAAAUAUACCGACGUAGCAGAGGAAACGCAUUGCUGGUCUUACGACGCAAGGAUAAAGGAAGAUCCAGGAAGAUAGCGAAACACAUUCUCCGCAUAAAGAGUAGUAAUUGAAGACAAAUUAAGGUGCGGAGAUUGGUGACUGCAAAGCGCAACUCAGGAAUAUCGUAAACAUGGGCAUUCAAGACUUGCAAACUUUCCUGGACAGCAAUUGCGUGCAAGGUGGAUCCGUGCCUAUAGAUUUGUUGAAGAUUGCACGUGUGGUUGCGCAAAAGUCACAACGUAAUCGUGUAAUUAAGGGACAACAGUUGCACACCUUUGGUAAAUUCAGGCUAGUCCUUGAUGGAGAGUGCUGCUUGGAUCGAUUAUACGGUGGAUUUUUCUCAGAUUGGGCUUGCGGCGGACAGUGGAAUCGCAUGCUCCAGUUUCUCGCGGUUCUCAUACAAGCGAUGGAGAUGUCAGGACUAGAAAUAGCUGUAUUCUUUAAUGGAUGUUUCGAGCCUCUCCGGCGAGCAGAUUGGGUACAACAUCAAUUGCAAAUGCGUGCAAAAGUUAACAAUGUCCUGAAACACAUAACAACGAAAGGUACGCCGCCGCCGAAAAUCUGGUGGACUCCCCCAGUAUGUUUAAGGACAAGCUUACGCAUGGCUCUUAGGCAUUUGAAUGUCACAGUUUUGUGUAGCAUGGACGACCAUCACCAGGAAGUCAUUGCGUAUUGUCGCGAGAAUAAUUACAAUGGGUUGAUAGCUGAUGAUGCAGAAUACGCUGCAUUCGACCCUCCACGAUACUUUUCGUCUGAACAAUUGAAGCUUACAUACAAGGGUUCUCUUGACACAAAAGAAUAUAUGCUCUCUGAAUUCACUAAAGCCCUCAACAUACCAUCCGACAGGCUGUGUAUACUAGCAGCUUUACUUGGCAAUUACAUAUUGACCGAAAGUGACUUGGCUGAUUUCUACAAGAAUCAUAACAUUAGUACUAACGUAUUAAACAAGACGAGCGUCGAACAAAUGAUCAAGACGAUUGCAAACUUUGUCAGGGAACUUUCGUCCGUAGAGUUGGAUGUAGUUUCGCAAAAAGUCUUCGGUUCCACCUCGGACCCAAGGUGUUCUAAAUUGAGACAGUCUGUCCAAUAUUAUUUGAAUGGAACAAAAGAGGGAUUUCUACACUAUAAGCCUGUGAAACCAACAAGAGUUCACAAAUUAGAUUCCAAGCCGAGCUCACAGGCUCAAUCGAAUCUGUCGGACACGCCAUCAGCCUCGGAAGGUGAUUCCAACUUGGAAACAUCGAGAUUCGCGUCCGAAACUCUGGAGAGCGAACGCGAGAGUUUGAACGCGUACAAACAGGCAACUGCUAAUGCCAAAGCAGCGCCGCAAAUUGUGAUCGAUCCACCCGGGCUUCAGAGUCACGGAGACUCUGAUAAAGACGCCAUACGCACAGAGGAUGAACAAAGUGAUGGACACGCCAUCAACGGUACUCACAAUCUCCUGAUUAGCUCGUCGAGUUCGAGUAGUAGCUCCUCUGCAACGUCACCUUCCCACGCAACAGCUGAUUCUGCGAGGCAGCCGGAAAAAACGGCCAAUAUCCCCGUCACAUCGCCGGAGGUCAUGCGUACCGCUUCGGAGCGUCAUCAGAAGGGACUGAUGUCACCGUACAUCUAUCAAAUUCUUAUCGCAGGCGAAAUCAAAUUGCCAGUUCUGUUGGAGGAUGAGAACCAUCGCGAAUUCCCUUCCAUUCACGUGAUUUACAGACCAAUCCGACAAAUGGUAUAUGCGAUUCUGUUCAAUCUUCAUCAUCGGAUGUAUCUAGCUACAAAGAGUAAAGAAAAGGGUGACAGCGAGAAAGUCGAAGUCCCAGAUGUGAUAAUAAAGGAAUGGGUAUGGUCCAAGAGCAAUCCAUAUCAGACUCCAGAAUUGGUGAAGGCAGAACAGAUUGGUUGGGGCGUUCCCACAAUACAACGUUUAUGGUUUGGCACAGUUAUCGAUGAUAAGCGGCGUAGACUUAGGGGAUUCCUAACUUGCAUGAGGUCGGACACGCCUCUCAUAUUAAAUACCUCAUACGUUCCGCAACAUCUAUUGGUCAUGGCUUGUGUCUUGAGAUACAUCAUGUCUUUCUCCGACAAGAUAAAAAUUCUACGCCGUCAAGAGCUGGAUGCCUUCAUCGCGCAAGCUUUCUCACCAGAACUUAUGAAUGCUCAGUAUCUACAAGAUCUGCAGCUUCCACUAGUGACGUCGCGCGGAGUACAACUGGCUACCUUGUUCAUGGCUGGUAUAGAGACCGCGCUAUUAGCGAACGACGCUUGCGGCGCACCGAUUCCAUGGUUAAUGUGCUGCCCCUGGCUUUAUUUCGACGGUAAAUUGUUUCAUCAUACGCUCGCUCGUGCCACUAUUGCCAAAAAUCUACUGGAGCUCUGCAGUGGCCACAUUGACCGCGUGGUUAAAGUCGAAAGGAUGAGGAAAGCGAUACUCGAAGGAAUUACCCCGAUGUUUGCUCGCCCACCGUUGCCUGUCGCACCAGGUAUUCGCGUAUCAGUUCCCUCGAAUAUUCUGCCUGCUGGUUGUCCUCCGGCCAUUAACGAGAAUCUGAUGCGCGGUGGUCGAGGCAGCGGAACGAUGCAACCUCAACGGGGUCUAAUGCGACGUCCUAUCCCAUCGCGAGGUGGUCAGUUGGAGAUCGCUGGAGUGGUAGUGGGUCAGUGGGGCCCGAAUUACGGGCAACCUGGUCGACCCAUGCCACAACCGUUGCAGGGUCAUCCUCGUGGACGAAUUCCACCGCAGGUAACGUCUAUUGGUGGGCUCAAGUACGGUCUUCCCCGUGGAUUUAAUCCGAUAAAUCGGCCGACCUUUCAGACACGCGGGACCAACCGUGCCCCGAUCGCCGGACGUGGAAAGAAGACUCAAAUGAAGGUAACUGGCAAGAAGAAGACUGCUAUUAAAAAGACUACUACCGAGAAAAAAGACGGCAGGAACCGUGGUACCAUUAACGAUGAAAUCACAGAUUAUAACGAAACUGAAAGCGAUGACGCAGCUCGUGGAGUGUUGACGAAGGACGCACUGCCAGUAGCAGGUCAGUUUGAUGACGCGGUGGAAAAUGGUGGUAAAGGCAUGGAAAAGGGACAGGGUGAUGCACCGCUCGUCGCUCCAGUGGCCACGGAAAGCUAGAUAUUAUCGGCGUACAAAGAGAAAAUCUCACGAAAAUUGUAACCACUUCCCGACCAUGACUUAAGACUGCUAACAAUCUACGUAUAUGUUCUAUGAGCGAUUGUGCAUUAGUAACACUUGAAUAUCCAUUUCUGAAAUUGUCACGCGGAAAUCUUUCUUGGUAAUGUCAUUAUCAAAAUGUAAUCGAAAAAAUAUUCACAGAAAGAUUUAUAUAUUAUUAAGCUGACGUCAGACUAUGCAUGUACUCGUCAUUCGUAAUUCGUAAUGGUUUGCGAAAAUCCUGCGUGGAUUCUCUAUUCGCAAUCGAUAUUUGCGAUUUAUGACUUUAGCGUUUAUUGACAAAUAGAUGUCCAUUUCGUUGUCGAUUUGAAAAUUUUCGUUUCAUUACCAAUUUUGUUCAUUAUAAUUGAUAAUUCAGAUUGAAAACAACAAUUAUAAUUGAUAAUUCAGAUUGAAAACAAAGAGAUU